GCUGAAGAAGGUCCCUGGGAAUGCCCGAUGUACCCCACAAGCCAACUCCCGGCGGUAGUAUACAACGUCUGCUCUAAUCCCCGGCCUGGGCAUUUGGAAUCAGCGCCUGCCAUUUGAGUAGGAACUGCCCGUUUCACACUGACGUGAUCGAGCGUUUUGGCGGGGCACGACAGCUUUCGCGGGGCCGACACACCGUCAAAUCGGGUGCUCUACGAUUUGUCAUUUGUCAUGGCUUCGUUGAAACUGUCAGCCAUCCCGAUAGGUGGUGGCGCAAAAGUCGACGACAUCACUUGUGCCUCCUUUUCCCUAAUUCUCUCACACUUUCCCCUAAUUCAUUGAUUAUCUUAAACAUCGCGCAAGUCUAGUCUUCGGGCUGUAUUCUAUGCCAACAUCGAGUUCCGCAUCGAAGUCCACGAGCAAUAGUAAAAGUAACAACGGCAUCUCCUUCAACUCGGCCUUUGUCGCUCUCGUCUUUGCAUUCCUUCUGAUGGCAUUUACUAUGCCCUCGUUCAUCCAGCGCCUGUUCCGCCCAAUGUCGACCUCAAUGGGUGUUACAGCCAGUGGCGGCGGUUCGCCUCGCGCUGCCGUCCCUGAAGGUGCCGAGAAGGCCACGCUAGGCGCAGGCUGUUUCUGGGGUGUCGAGCACCUGUAUCGCAAGCACUUUGGCGGCGACAAGGGUAUAUACGAUACCCGCGUGGGAUACACCGGUGGCGACACGACCAACCCCAGCUACAAGCAGGUGUGCGGAGGGAAGACAGGGCACAACGAGGCCCUUCUGAUCUACUACGACCCGGCAAAGGUCACAUACCGCCAGCUCCUCGAAUUCUUCUACCGCAUGCACGACCCCACGACAGCGAACAGACAGGGCCCGGACAUGGGAACCAACUACCGCAGUGGGAUCUACUUCCACAACGAAGAGCAGGAGCAGGUCGCCAAGGAGGUCACGAAGCAGGCCAACGAGCAGUGGUACAAGGGCAAGAUCGUGACGGAGAUCGUCCCCGCCGGCCCCUGGUGGGACGCCGAGGACUACCACCAGCUAUAUCUCAACAAGAAUCCCUGGGGCUACGAGUGCCCUAGCCAUUUCCUGCGUCCCUUUGAGCCGCUGGAGCAGAAGUGAGGGGUGUCUUAGCGGUUGUCUGAUACGCGUAAAUCUGGAUUGAAAGAGAAGAAUCGUUCCACAGAUAUCACUGGACGUUUUGCGACGGCAGUAAUCGAGGUAUAUGUAGUGUGUUUCUGUCUUGGAUUUGUCUAGGCGCCGUUAUCCUAAUGGCUUGGACGUAAUGGCUAGUUCAAUUGGUAACGGUAGAAUAUACUAACAUACGAGUAUUCCGACUCUGGAUCUCGAAUGAAUAUAAAUGAUCUAUAUAAACUG